AUGUCGGCAGCACCACCGGGACGAGUGCAACCCGCAACCGACUUCAAUCCGGCGUCGUACGGCUCGGUGAUUCCGGGGGGCUCUUAUCUCGAACGCAGUACGAGUCGUAGCGAAACGCAGGACAGCAUCGAUGAGGAAGGACAAGAGGGGGACAACAGCGUUGCUGGAACCAGCCGCCGCACCAUCAGCGAAGGCGAUGAUGAAGACGCCACGUACAUGUACGGCCGCGACGGCGAUGAUCCGGACUGGGGCGCAACGAGCAUGCUGAGCGACUUUGCGUCUAUCUUUCACCCCAACGAGUACAUUGUCGCGCAGCAGAGACUCGACGAGCAGGAGCGCAGGAGCGACUUUGAGUCGUUCGACGAGGAGCGGCAGCCCAUGCUGUCGUCUUCGUACACGAGCAGGAGGCAGUCCGCCACAGCUUUCUCGCAUCGUCGACCUUCCGCGGUCUCCAGUUUGCGACCUUCCGUCUACUCGCACCGCCGACCACACCUGAUCCAGGAGGAAGAUGUGAUCCGGGAAGGCUCGGCGUGGAGCAAGGCUCCUACGGAACAGGGCGACAUCAGCGGCAUCUCGAUUCGCCAAGCGCUCGUCGACCCAUCACCCAACCCUGGCACCAACCUCGGCCUGAUGCUGAUCGCCGUCAGCCAGGUCUCGUACUCGACCAUGAACCUCUUCGUCAAGCUUCUCGACGACCGCGAAGGACAGGGAGACACACAGGCGAUCGGUGCGCUCGAGAUCGUCGGCGUGGAGUGUCUGAUCAUUUGGAUCGGCUGCAUGCUCGCCAUGUGCCUGGCGAAGACGGAGCACAUCCUGCUCGGGCCACCGGGCGCUCGAGCGCUGUUGCUUGCAAGAGGCAUGUUUGGCUUCUCCUCGACGCUUGCUCUCUACAUCUCGCUGCACGCUCUCUCGCUAUCAGAUGCGACGGUGAUCACCUUCCUCUCGCCCCUGGCAACCGGCUUUCUGGCUCAUAUCAUGCUGCACGAGCCGUUCACGGUGCGCGAGCGGAUCGCUGGCGUGCUCUCGCUGGCCGGUGUCACCCUUAUCGCACGCCCCUCCUUCCUAUUUGGCAAGAACACAGGCGAAGGCGUUCCCGAAGACGGCGAUGUCGAGAUCCCCCCACCCUCCGAACCCGGCUCGGCGACGGAAGCUGAUCGCAUCGUGGGCAUCCUCGUGGCGCUCUGCGGCGUGGUCCUCAUGGCGGGCGCCUGGGUGUGCCUGCGCCGCAUCGGCAAACGCGCCUCGACGUACCACUCGAUCGCCUACUUUUCGCUCUGCAGUUGGGUCUCAAGCUUCGUCGCCAUGUGGGUGCUCGAUCAGCCGUUUGUGAUUCCGUCCUCGACUCUGUCCCUCAUGCUGCUGCUCGCAGUCGGGCUGUUCAGUCUGCUAGCGCAGGUGUUCCAGACGCUUGGACUGCAGAGGGAAUCGGCGGGGAGGGCAGCGACCAUGUCGUAUCUUCAAAUCAUCUUUGCACUCGCAUGGCAGCUGCUGCUGUUCGGCUCGGUGCCCGAUUGGGUCUCGAUGGUCGGCAGCGUCGUCAUUCUGGGCAGCGGCGCUUGGGUCGCGCUCAGCAAGGAAGGUGGCUCUGCUCCCAUGCACUAG